AUGUUUUCCAGUUAUUUUAUAUUUGCUUUAAUCUUCGGCCUGGUUCAUUCACAAGGUGAACCAUCCAUAGACGAAGCUCUUAAUUCAUUACCACCUGAAUUGCAAGGGAAGGUUGAACAGAAGCAACUCGAAGCCAUUCAAAACAAGUCAGUGGAGAUCUUCAAAGAAAAAUGUGAAAAAAAUGGUGGUCCAGGUGCCUAUGAAAAUGCUGAGUCAGCGUCCAAAGGCUUUUCGACUUGCAUAUCAGCUCUCGUGAAUCCAGGUCAGCUGCAGCAGGAGAUCGACGAAGCGAAACCCAAGGGACAAGUGGAUGAGGUGUUUAAGAAAUACUGUGACAAAACGCCCGACUUCAGGAACUGUUUCAUGAAUAUGACUGAUGCGGUGAAACCGUGCUUUUCGGAGGAAGAACGAAACGGCUUGAAGACUGUCAACAAUAUCACCGAACAGUUGGCUGAGUUCAUCUGUUUCAAGGAAGGCGACAGGAUUGCGCUGUUCAUUGCCGAGAACGGUCCAGAAUGCAUCCAGGAGAAACAAGAGGAUAUCCAGAGGUGCUUCAACAGCACCAUCGGUACGUCCUUCAAUAUUGGCGAAGGCAACUUCACCGCUGAUGCUAUGCCCAAAAUCGCUUUUGGCGAAAAAGAAUGUGGCCAAUUUACUGAGCUGCAGAAGUGUGUGGUGAUCUCGCUAGAGACCUGCUCGUCGCCAACAUCUGCCAACAUCGUCGAGUCUCUCUUUAAGUUCAUUCUAAAGUCUACGCCAUGCAAGGAGUUUAUUGCAAGGGAUGCUGCAAAAAAGAGAGCUCAGAGCGCACAGGAAGAGAAGAAACCAAACUCUGCCCACAGCUUCGCACUCAGCGGUUUGGCAUUAAGCGCUGCUGUUUUAAAAAGUAUCUUUUAA